GGUGUAGCUGAGCAGUAAAAUGUUUUGAUAGACAGUUAGCUAACUCCACGACUAAAAUACUCCAAAAACACACUUUAAACCGCCAUAGGUGCGUUUCCAGCUGUGUAUUUACAUCUGCAUCUGUUUGAUAUGUAUAUUAUUCACUGCUAAGGAGGCCUUCAAUGGCAGCCGACCAGACUGAGCCGGAGGUGCCGGAGAACGCGGUGGGCAGACGGGUGUCCUGCGGUGGGGAGCGGGCCACGGUGCGGUACGUGGGCCCAGUGCCGCCGACGGCAGGGCUGUGGCUCGGCGUGGAGUGGGACAACGCAGACAGAGGCAAACACGACGGCAGCCAUGAAGGUGUUCAGUAUUUCACAUGCAGACAUCCUACUGGUGGGUCCUUCGUCCGUCCGGCAAAGGUGAGUUUUGGUGUCGACUACCUGACAGCGGUUGAACAGUUGUACCAGAUUGACACAGAGGAGGUGCUCAGCGAGGAGAUCCCCAUCUCCUCCAAGAAGCUGGAGUGGGGGAGAAUCAAGGAGCGCAGUUUAGAAACCCUGCCGUCAGUGCUGCUCAGUCAGUGUGAGGUGAACGGACCUGGAACCGAUGGAGAAAUCCGGAAAACAACUCCCAAUGUCCAGUGGUUGGACUUGAGCCGGAGUCUGCUGUCUUGUUGGGAGCAUGUGGCAUCCAUCACCCAGCAAUUGGACAGACUGGAGGGACUGCAGCUCAGCUACAACCGGCUGCGUUUGCCCUUUGACCCCUCAGCUCUGCGUCAUGCCUUCAGCAGCCUUCGAGUCCUGUCUCUGAUUGGCUGUGACGUCACCUGGACGCAGGUGCUGCAGUGUGCCCCCAUGUGGCCACAGCUGGAGGAGUUGUGUGUGGAGGACAACAACAUCACAGAGCUGCACAGGCCGGUGGACGUUCUACAGAUGCUGAAGACUCUGAACCUGUCCGGGAACCGUUUGGUCCAGGACACACUGCUCAGUUUAGCCGCUUUGCCCAGACUAGAGCAGCUGAACCUCUCGAAGACCGGUUUGUCUGUGAUCCAGUUUGAUGACGUCGCUCCAGGAUGUCACACAGCCAUGUUUCCUGCUCUGAAGAAUCUCAAUGUGGACCACAACAACAUCUCUGAGUGGCGUGUGGUGGAUGAGCUGGCAAAGCUGCCCAGUUUGGUUCAGUUUUCGUGUCGUGGAAACCAGCUGAUCAGCAGUGAUGGAAACCCCAAAACAGUCAAUCAGCUGCUGAUCGCCAAACUGGGACAGCUGAUUUUACUCAACAAUUGUCAGAUCCACCCCGAGGACAGGCGAGGGGCGGAGAUAGACUACAUCAAAAUAUUUGGAGAGGAGUGGCUAAAGGCAGGGGGGCGGAGUCAGCUGAGCACCCAGUUCACCUGUGAACACCCUCGAUACCAGACACUCAUUGACAAGUACGGUGCUCCAGAAGAAGGGGAGCUGAAGAAGCCGGAGCCUUUUGCCCUGAAGAACCAGCUGUUAAAGAUUACAUUUGUGUUUCCUGACGACGCCGAGAGGAAACCCAUCGAGAAGAAGCUUCCAGCCUCGAUGGUCAUCCAGAAGGUGAAGGGCCUCCUGUACAGACUGUUGAAGGUCCCUGCAACCGAUCUGAAGCUCACAUAUACCUCACUAAAGAUGGUGGGGACAGAGUUUGAGAUCGACAGCGACCUGAAGACUCUGCAGUUUUAUUCCAUAGAGGACGGAGACCAGGUCCUGGUUCGAUGGUCCUGACCCGGACCUGGAGGUGCAGAACUGGAAGCAAUGGAAGCUUCUGGACGGAACUUCAGCUGCUUCUGUCUGAAACCUAGACGUUAUGAUGGACUGAGCACUGACCUCAGAAUGGUGAUAGUCCUGGAGGACAGACAUGUAUAUGCUGAUGGAUGGACAAAUAACCAGUGGAUAGUGAACAACAGACACUGACCUGCUGAUCUUUAUUUCAGCCACAUUUUGAGGUGUCACGAUGCAUAAAGAAUAUCUUCACAUCCUGUAAUAAUCAGACAGGAAAAGAUGGAGAAUCCAGGACUUUAACAGAAUGAGGACUGACAGACGUAGAUCUCCAACAUGAUGGAUUUCCACCUGCCUGGUUCAUGAACGGCACAGUUAAAGAAAGAUUCAUCCCUAGAGCAACAUGAUCAGUGUGACUCAGUGUCAUGUAAAAGAAUAUGAUGCUUUGCAAUUCAAUAGAUAGUUUGAGCAAAUAAUAUAUUAAAGCUACAAUCAGUGUUUCUGUAGUUCCACGGCUCAGUAUCACAUUUAUGCACCUUUGUUCUCACAAACCACUUUGACAGAAUAAAACAAGGUCUGAACCUGAUCUUGAAAA